GUAGGUCAGGAAGAGGUUAUUCUGUACGUACUGUGAGGAGAACAGCAACAGAGGAGUUUGAUGAUAAUGGUGUGACAGAGAAAGGUGCUGUAGAGGCAUCUGAGAAGUCCAAGUUAGUGGCGAAUAAUCAUCGAAAAUAUAACAUACGUUUAAAUGGUUUAGAUACAGAUGGAGAAUUUUCUGACUCGGAUUCAACAAUGACUCGACGUUCUAAAUACAGUACAAGUACAGGGAGUGGAUAUGAUGGUUACAGUGAUGAUAGUGACUCAGUGUCCACUAUAACUACAAUUGUCACUACUGUUACAGAAACCAUAUCAACUGUGACCAGACCAUUCAAACCAGUCUGGGAUGCUGUAGGGGAACCAGUUUGGAACAGUGUUGGUAGACCAGUCUGGAAAUAUUUAUGUCGACCAAUAGUAACAGCUGUUACAUCAGUUAUAUACUUCACAUGGUUGUUAUGUACCCAGCCAUUGCUUUAUAUGGCAAGAUCAAUUUUAAAUGCCUUUUCUUGGUUGUGGUCCUCAAAAUUGAGCGAUGCAUCAUCAGUCCCAGAAUGGUUGUGGAAAAAAGUCCAUUAUGUGUCCUGGCAAUUUGUUGUACUGGAUUACUGGUUGUUUAAAAGAAGGAGAAGCCGAGGUUGCUGUCUGUGUUUACCAUUACUACUUUUGCUGCCACUAUUAUUGACACUUUCAACUGGUAUAGAUUCAUGGCUUGAUAGUAAGUCAGCUUUGAUGGCAAUGUAUGCUCGUCAAAAAUCUUCCCCCCAGAUAGUUAUUAAUGAGAAGCAUGAGUAUUUUCACCAUCUGAAUGAUGAAGUUAGAACAAUGAUUCUACAAUUACAAUCUAACAACAAGGAGCAUUUGACAGCAGCAGAUGUUGAGGCUAUAGUAUACAGAAUUAUUGGCAAGGAAACAGCCGAACUGAAAGCUAAUAUUGCUGGGAUCAACAGUGAAGCUCAGCUUCAACAGGCUCAGUGGAAGACAGAACAGGGAAUCAAGCUGGAAGAAAUGCAGACAAAACAUGAUGCUCUAUUAGUAACCAUAAAGGCUUUGGACAGCACUAUAGCUGCCCAGAAGGUCAGCAUGGCUGAUCAAGGUGCUGAGAUUAAGGUUGACUCUGCACAGAAUCUGGCAGACUUAGAGGAGAAGUUGUCAGGAUUACAAGCAGAACUUCAUGCAUUGGAGACAGAUUAUGCUGCCUUGUUGGCACGUGUGAAUGCUUGCUGUCAUAACGAAACGUACUACCUCGCAGCCGUCAAGGAUAAUGUUAAUGCUAUUUUAGCUGAGAUGAUGGCAGGUCAUAUAAGUGGAAAUCCAACCCAAGAUUCUUUCACAGAAUGGUUACACACCCAUUAUGUAAGCCGUGAUGUGCUGGAUAAACGUUUGGAGGAACUAGCCACGGAGUUGACCACAAGUGUGAUGGACAUGAUGAAGAAUCUACAAGCAGCCCAGCAACAGCAGUACCAACAGUUUGAACAGAAACAAGAAAACAAUAAACAACAAAGUGUACAUAUCACCAGCAAUGGAUUAGGAGUUGGAGAACAGGUCUAUGUCAGUUCUUUUUUGUGUGUUUGCUUAGUCAAUGGUUUUGAAAUAAUGAUGAUUUUUUUCUUGUGUUUUAUCAGAGAGAAACCUGAAGUAUAUCCUGGACAAUGUUGGGCAUUUAAAGGCGCUCAAGGUUUUAUUGUUAUAAAGACCUCCACCAUUAUCAUUCCAUCUGGAUUCACUUUAGAACACAUACCUAAAUCUCUAGCCCCUUCAGGGGAGAUAGACAGUGCACCAAAGAACUUUACAGUAUUGGGUUUAGAAAGUGAGUAUGAUGACCAUGGUGUUUCACUGGGUAAUUAUACAUAUAAUGAUAAUGGAAAACCCAUGCAGUUUUUCCCCAUACAGGUGAAAGGGCAAGUCAAACCAUUCUACAUGUAUGAGUUGAGGAUAGUCAAUAACUAUGGUAACCAGGAGUAUACAUGUCUAUACAGAUUCAGAAUUCAUGGAAAACCUUACAGACAAAAAUAAAAGCUGUUUAAGUGUAUAACAUAAGCAAAGCAUUGUUAAGCUAUAACAAAUAUGCUUCCUAAAAAUGUUUUAGUGAGAGUUAGCCAUGGCGUUCUCUCUGUGAUUCUAACUUUGAAUCUGUGCAGCAAAAGAAUACUAAAGGAGAAGAAAGUAUUUUAUGAGAGAAUUUUAAUUGUAGUAAAUUUGUUGUUGAAAAUGUUUUCAAUUGAAAUUGCAUAAUGAUUGUUGUUAUAAACAACAAUAAAUAUUUAUUCACUAGAAUUUACCGGAUAUAUAACACUGGCUAUAUAUCUUAUAGUUCUAGUGAAAAUUGUUUGAUUCCACUUGUUAAUCUAAAUUACUUUUUUUUUCCAAAUUGGAAAUUUUUUAAAUCAAAUAAUUUAUUUUUCUACUUCAUUGAAUGAAUACUGUAGAACAUGUUUAAUAUUUUUCACGGAAAGAUGUAUCCCAUAUUCACUCAAGAUAAAAUAAAUAUCGUCUCUUGCAUUGACUAACACAGCUAUUGCUUAUGUUAUUGUUAUAGUAUUAUAAAAUUUUGGUUUUCACCUUCAUUGAUAAAUGUUUUGUUACUCCAACAUUUACACACACUCCUGGAGUCGAAAUCGAUAAAGCCGAAAUUAAUAAGCUUUACCACCUAAUAGAGCCAGGUCGUCUUGCACUUCCAUACAGUUUGACCAGGCUCUAUACUGUUGACUGGACAAUUUAAAAUUUUCAUCUUGAUAUCAUUUGUUAUUGAUAAUGAACAGUUCCAUAAAUAGUUCAACACUUUCAUUUAAGAAAUUUAACAUGUGAAGGGUUUAAUUUAAUAUUGGUAAAGAUUUAUGUAAAUUAGAUACGUGACAAUUGAGAUUACACAUCUAUUAUUGUCUUUCAUUUAAAGCCUACUACUGGUAUAAUUUGCGAGUUUGUUAUAAAAUGAUUGAUACACCUGUAUGAAAUGGUUCUAAAUCAUUACGUAAGGGACAUGUUCAUUUUGUACCAACCUCCCAAUACAUUCAUUGUGCCUUUCAACAUAAGUGAUAGCUUCUGUACUUUAUUGUUUGAAGUAAUAGACUGUAUGUGAAAAAUGGCAUCCUUGAUAAUUGUUUUUGUUUUUCUUGCAUACUUUGUGAAUUUCUUUAAGAUAAGAAGAUUGAAUGUGUCAUCUUUCAACUGCAAAUAUGUCAAAUUGAUGAUAUAAGAAUGCACAUUAUCACAUAAAUUUCCAGUUUUCAAAUAUUGGUCAAUUAUCUUAACAUUAAAGUACCAAAUAAUGCCUUCAUGCAAAUAUUUACGGGUUGAUAUUUAAUGCAUUGCUGCUUUUACACUAUAAACUUGCCAAUUUAUUUGACUCUAUUGUCACAAUGGAAACUUAAUUAAGGUUGUCUAUAUUGAUAAUCUCUAUUUAUUACGUCAGUGUAUUUGUUUAUUUACCCAUGUUUAUUUAAACUAUUUAAUAAUUGAGACGUGUCACAACAUAGUGAGUUUGCGACCAGCAUGGAUCCAGACCAGCCUGCGCAUCCGUGCAGUCUGAUCAGGAUCCAUGCUGUUCGCUUACCAACUCUAUUACAAGUAGAGAAACUUAUAGCGAACAGCAUGGAUCCUGAUCAGACUACGCGGAUGCGCAGACUAGUCUGGAUCGAUGCUGGUCGCAAACGCACUAUGUUGGUUUUGUCGUGACACGGCUUUUAUCUAUUUAUGUUGUUAUUAUUGUCGUGCUUUGUUGACCUUAUGUGUUCAGUAGAUAUGAAUCUCUCUCAACUGAGGGUAAUUUUUUCUUGCUUAUUGAAUAAUUAGAUUUAUGAUAUACAUGUAAUAAGCCCACUAGAGUAAAAAUUUAUAUAAAACAGCCUAUGUAUAGCAUUUUUUGUAAAAAUGAUAUACAUGUAUAGGAAUUAAUUGUUAUAUGUGAUAAAAUGGUCACAUAUAACAUUGUGUGCUUGGGUCAUGAACACUAAUUAAAUUUUUUAUUUUUGUUGAAUUAAUGUUUGAGAAGUUCCUAUUAAACAUUUAAGGUUAUGACGGCUUAUUUACACAUUUUCUUGUCCUGCAUUUCUUUAUAAAAUGAGCAUUUUGACAAUAAGAAAUAGACCAUUGAAUUGACUUUUGAUUGAAUUAUUUAAUUUUCUGACUCCUUUUAGAAUACUGGUAUUUAAAAUGUGACUCACAAUAUCUACUGAUGAUCAUCUGAUUUGAGUUAUUAAGUCAUAGAUCAGUAAUUGACUUGUUUUAAUGUCAUUAUAUCAAGUUUUUAUGUUUAAAGUUUCGGUGAAGGUGAGUGUUUAAGGUCAUGAAUGCAUAUUCCACUCUCUGCUUUUGUUUUAUUAAACAUUGUUUGAUAAUUCCUAAACUAUUGCUUAUUGUUUUACAUGGUAAGAGUUAGUACAGAGAAACAAGCCUAAUAUGAAAAACUAUUUACAAACUCUGGAU